UCAUCCUCGCUGUUCUCCCAUUUAAAGCACCCCAGAUGGCAAUGCAUUCACAAGAUCACAAGAAAGGUAAUUUUCUCUAACUCACCUGAACUUCCUCCCACACCGGCAUCCCCUCCGGCCCCACCCCCAGGUCACUGGUGUCCACAGAUUGACUCUUCUUCUUGUAGAAACUAGGAUUGCGGAUGCGACACUGCUUGGCAGAGAAGCUAGUCGGGAUUUUGAAGGUACGUACGGUGAUAAUCUUCAUUGGGUCAACAUGUCCGUACACAAAUGUCUCCUCCUUCAGUUUCCUAGUAAGACAGGAGGAGUUUGAUGUGGAGGAGGAGAUGCAUGCACUGCUUCCUUGUUUGCAGGUGUUUGAUGCCACUGCUGUAUCUUCCUCUGUCAGAGUGCCCAGACCUCUUCCUUUAGCAGGGCCCUGAUCUCUGCUCACCUCUUCACUCUCCCUGCAUCUACCCAUCUCCAUACUGAACAUGUGCUCCCAGGCGUUGUAGUUUUCUAGCAGAUUAUCAUUCACUCCUGACCCCCUGGCGAGAGCUUCCCUCUCCUCCUGGGUUAGUAUUGGCUCCUGCUCAUAUUCCUCCUCUGAUGACUCGUCCUCAUCCUCAUCUUUUCCACCAGGAGUAUUCGAUUGAAACAUGUUAAAAGACUCCCAUGUGAGACCACUGGCGGCCCUUUCUGCUGCCUCCUUCUCCAAAGCAGCUUUCUUCUUCUUUUGCUUCUCCUUCCUCCUCUUCUCUUCCCGUCUCUCUUCCUCUUUCUCCUCCUCCUCCACACUCUGGAUCAGCUCUGGGAACAGUUUCUUCAUCUUUAAGGAGUGAAACAGUCUGUCCUGAUCCUUCAAGGCCAUGGCUAGGUCCAGACAGUCACCUUGCUUUUUUUCCUUGAGUAGGUUCUCAUGCAGCUCUGUGUUUGGAUAAGAGUGGGCGUCAUUAGCAGGCCAACGGUUCCACUCCAUGGAGCAGCACACCAAGCUGGCAGGACAGACUAGGAGGUGGAAGAGGGCUCCACAGUGCAGGCGGCAGGGGGUGAAAGCACAGCACACAGAGACCUCCACCCGGGCUCUGCAGCGCCGGCUGUAGCAGGAGUCACAGUGGACAUGCUGUCGCACUCUAGAGGCUCUGGAUCGACUACUCUGAUGAGUUCGUCGAGGACAGGGAUCCUCCUGGUCUAGAGGAGAGCCUGGGAAACUCAGCUGUCUGAAUCCAGCAGGAUGAGGAGCAGAGAGGUCUGGAGAAGAUGACACAGACUGGCAGCAUCUUCAAUUCACCAGAUGUCCAUGCAACCUGCAUAGUUGUACUGCUGUUUUGUGCACAGAGGCAUCAUGGGAAACGUAGUCCAGUGCUGUCACACACUCUCAAACUACUUCAAGUGUAAGGAUGCACCUGUCCAAGAAGAGGCGGAAAGGUCCCCGCUCUUAUCCAGUGAGGAGAGUGAAUGUGAGUCGCCGAGUCUGCCGGACGACUCGGAGGAAGAUCUCUUAACUGUCUCAACGGGAGUAACAAACCCCGCCCUCGAACCAGAGCACUUCCUGUUUCCGGAUAUCAUCCUGAGCAGUAACCUGGGAGGGGACAUGACCCUGGUGGAACCGAUGGUGUGUCUCCUGGUAUCCGAGGAGGAAGAGGGAGUGAGAGCAGAUGAGCCUGUGGAUGAAGGACGAGAGAGAAGCUGCAGCUGGAGAAUCAGGUGUUACUCUGAGGUUGAGACUCAGACUGAGGGAGAGACUCAGAUGGGGACUGGGGUGCAGACUCAGACGGAGUCUCAGGAGGAGGUCCAGGCACAAACUGAAAAACCAGUGAGCCGUAAUGAAACUUUAGUGACAGAAAUGAACACGCUAACUUAUACUGGCACUAUGAAAGACUACGCUGUGGAUGUUUGGGAUGAAAGUGUAAUAAUGAAGCAGGAGGAUGUAACAGAGAAUGAAAUGACAGAGAGUCACAUCCAGGAGGAGUUUUGCACCAUUUUUACAGAGCAAACACUUCAGAGAGAGGAGGACACAGAGCUGAUGAAGGAGUUAAACACUGAUGAAGGGAGUCUGUUUAAUUUACAACAACAUGAUGUCAUUGCAAAGGAAAAUACAGACCUAACUUUGACUAUCCAGGAAAAGGAACCUGACUCAAGACCUGACUCUUUGCUGCAGAGUGAGCAGGAUAUAAACAACAUGGAUGAGACCUUCCCACAGAAGAAAGCAGAAAUCAGCGACACUGACGUUUUGGAGACUUUUGAUGACUGUGAUUUAACCCAGAAACAAACGAUUACACAGGAUAACAUAAAGACAGAACACGUCCCUGCAGACCCAAACAUAAAUCUGUCUGAAGACCAGGCAGGUCAUAACUCAGAUAACUUCACUUCAAACACAAGUCAUACCCAGUGCCAGGAAAACCUGCAGCCAACAAAGAAGAAGGAGGAGGAUGAGGAGGACAGCAACUCUUCUCUUCAGGGGGUUUCGGUGUUGAAGGUGGAGAAGGAGGAGGAGGAGGUGGAGGAGGAGCAGGAGGGGGCUGAGGUGAAGCAAAUGACCCUGUUUUCAGUAGACAAGCUGUUUCUGGCUGCAACGUGUGUCAAAGCUCCUUCUCAUCAAACUGGAGAAACCCCCGAGGACGAUCCCUCUGAUCAAAGACAACAACUCAGUGACAUUGUAGAUCUUCAAGAGACAGGCUUCCCCGUCAGAAUCCAGCCUCCGGGAACAGAAAGUUUUGAGCUUCAGGUGUCAGGUCAGAUGUUGGUAGCAGAGCUUCACCAAGUCCUGAUGGAUCAUGAGACCACCUGCCACCGCACAUGCUUCUCCCUGCAGCAGGGAGGCAGCGUGCUCGACAGCCUCACGCUGCUACGCUCCAUCCAGGAGAUCCAGGAGGGGGCGCUCAUCAAGGUGGUGGAGGAUUCUUACUCGGUGCGUGAUGCUCGUCUUCAUCUCAGACACGUCCGUGAUCUUCUGAGAAGCCUUGACCCGACAGAUGCGUAUAACGGCGUGAACUGCAGCUCACUAUCUUACCUCACUUUUUACACUCGAGGAGACAGAGAGAGUGACAGUGUCGGCAGCAGGCGAUCAUCAGAAAGAGAAUCUGUUGACUUCAAGCCGCCUGAAUACAUCCUACCUGGAUAUAAGGAGCGACUGCUGAGUCCUCUGCAGCCGCUCAGAGACGACUGGAAGCCUCUUCAGUGUCUGCGGGUCCUGACCAUGAGCAGCUGGAACCCUCCUCCAGGGAACAGGAAGAUGCACGGGGACUUGAUGUACCUCAACGUCUUGACGAUGGAAAACAAAGAACUCAAUAUUACAUCAUCGACACGCGGCUUCUACCUCAACCAGUCGACUGCCUUCAACUUCAACCCCAAACCUGCAGCCCCUAAAAUGCUCUGCCACUCGCUAGUUGAGCUGCUGAAUCAAGUGAGCCCUGCUUUCAGAAAGAACUUCAUCACCCUGCAGAAGAAGAGAGUCCAGCAGCAUCCUUACGAGCGGAUCGCAGCACCGUUCCAGCUCUUCACCUGGAUUGCCCGUCAUGGAGACCACUCCCUGGACUGUGUCAGAGCGGAGGAGACGCACACAAGUCGCAUGGGCCAGGACGAGCACACAGCUGGGCAGAGUCGAGACUGGAACGAGGAGCUGCAGGGAUGCAGAGAACUCAGCAGGAGCAGUCUGGAGGAGCGCCUGCACAGGGAGAGGUGCAUGUUCAAGAUCAACUGUGACUUUGUAGCCGCUGCAACACAAGGAGCCAUGGCUGUUAUAGACGGUAACGUCAUGCCGUUAAACCCAGGAGAGCCGCCUCACAUGCAGAUGUUCAUCUGGAACAACCUCUUCUUCAGCCUGGGGUUCGACAUAUCUGACCACUACCGUCCACUAGGGGGCAACACUGCUGCUCAUGCUGCUGCUGUGUGUGACCUGAGAGGAGCACAGGCAUACACGUCUGUUGACAGAGAGGGGCUUCACACUCUUGGCACAGCUGUGGUGGAUUAUCGUGGCAUCCGUGUUAUCGCUCAGUCUAUUGUUCCCGGGAUACUGGAGAAAAAUCAGGAGCAGAGCGUCGUUUAUGGCUCCAAUGACUAUGGAAAAACUGUUUUCACACACCCCAGGUUUCUGGAUCUUCUGGACCAAACCUGUAAACCUCUAAGAAUCCAGCGUCACCAGGUCCUGGACCACAACAACAGCCCCGUGGAGCUCUGCUCAGGCAUCGAGACCAAAGGAAUCAUGGGUAAUGACGGAAGAGCGUAUAUUUUGGACCUUCUCCGGACCUUCCCUCCUGACCUCAACUUCCAGCUCACAGAAACGAAGGACGGAGGCGAGGUGCCGAAGGAGUGUCAGAGCUUCGGUUACCCAAGGCGACACCAUCACAGCCUGGCCAGCCUGAGACCGGAGCUGGUGGAGGCUUUCGUCCAGCACAGAUAUGAACUGAGAAACAAGCAUAACACUAACAGGGCUGUUGGAUCAGAAAGUGAGGGUUGCUUUGACAUCCGCUUCAAUCCUGAUGUUUGCUCUCCAGGUGUUUGUUUCCCCUCUGAGUGCCUGGAGGAUGUUCAGAGGCAGAGACAGUUGUUGUGGGACGCGGCUGCUUUUCUGCUGACUCAUCAGAUCCCCGCCGUUCUGAGAGACUGUCUGGACCACACAGCUGUGCCGAUGGAUGGAGCAACCCUGACCUCAGCCCUACACCAGCGGGGCGUCAACGUACGAUAUCUAGGCCACGUUCUGCAGGAGCUGGACCGGAUGGAGGAGAAAGAGAGACUCAGCCACAUACGGAGAAUUUCUCUCAGCGAGGUCAUCAUCAGAAGUGCCAAACACAUCUUCAGGACCUAUCUGCAGGAUGUUGAACCUGCAGCUUUCUCUGCAGCCGUCAGUCACUUCCUGAACUGCCUCCUCAGUUCCUCCUCCUGUCUGCCCGACUCCUGCUCAGACGAGCUCCUCUCUCGUCGCAGGAGCCGACGUCGGAGGAGUCAGGGGAGUCGAGUGGCAUCAGUGACGGACAGCGUGUGGAGCAGACUGAACCCGAGUGAGCUGUGGGGGAAGGUCAAGGCUGAGGCUGAAGAGUAUUACCACUACACAAUAGAAAGUGAAAGUAUAGAUGAAGCGAUAGAAAAGGACGGCCUUCAGAGGAUCUCCUUACUGAGAGAGAUCGCCAUCAAGACCGGCACCCAGGUGCAGCUGAGGGAGUACGUGUUUGAGUCUCGUCACAGGCCGGUGUUUAGCGAGGAAGAUGUGGUCAACAUGUUUCCUGUCGUCAAACACCUCAAACAUACUGCGACGGAUGCCACGCGGCUUGUUCAGCACGCGCAGGUGGCUGUGCAGCAGGGGCUUCUCAAAGAAGGCUACGACUUCAUUAACCAGGCCCUGACUCUGUUCAGCAGCGUGUGUGGGGUCCUGCAUGAGGACGUGUGUGUGUGCCUGCGUCUCCUUGGACGGAUCAGCUACAUCUUUGGGGACUAUGUGAAUGCCCUCAGUCACCAGGAAAAGGCUGUUAUGAGCAGUGAGAGAGUGCAAGGUAUCGACCAUCCACAGACAGUACAAGACUAUACUCACCUGGCCCUGUACUGCUUUGCUGGAGGCCGACCCCAGACCUCCCUACAGCUGCUGUAUCGUGCUCGGUACCUCACCCUGCUCGUAGUCGGGGAAGACCAUCCACAUGUUGCACUGCUGGAUACUAUGCUGGGUCUCACUCUUCACGGGCUGAUGGAGUACGAGCUCUCCCUGAAGUUCCUCCAGAAUGCCUUAACUCUAACCUCAAAAUACCACGGUGCCACAUCCCUGAAGUAUGCUCAGAGUCAUCAUUUACUCGCCACCCUGUAUGAAAGUAAAGGAGAGUUUCGUUUGGCUCUGCAGCACGAGAAGGAGGCGUAUUCCAUAUACAAGAGCCAGGUCGGGGAGGAUCAUGGAAGUAUCAAGGAGAGCUCAGAGUACCUGAAGAGCCUCACUCAGCAAGCUGUGAUCCUUCAGAAAGCCAUCAACAGCAUCUACAGUAAAACACUCAGUGCCUGUCCUCCACCUCUAAAGUUCUCCACUCCAAGCCUUUCCACCAUCCUUCUGCAGCUCAACCUGGCGUGUGGGAUCAUACUCAUCCCCCUCAGUGAAAAAGAAAUGUCGGAGCUGAAGGCUGAGCUGAAAGGAAAGGUGGACGAGGGAGAGCUGCUUGAAGAAAAGAUAUAAGAGCUGUGGGACACAACACUGAACCGUGGACUACAAGGCCAUGUACGACCAUGAACAAUAAACAACAACGGCAGCAAAAGCCGGGAAGAUUGCUGCUGUUUUGAAGAACUACUUUGGGCAAAUACACCCAAGUAACACAAAGUAACAGACAUGUGAAAUGUCCUCCUUCAGAGGAAGAGUUUAUUCUCCUGUAAUCUGUGUCAACAAAUGUAUGUAAUACUGAUGAUAUAACUCCUGAGGAAAUAUAUGGGGUCUGUGAGUUAACUCUGCAGACUGUAACUUUUAUGGUAAACGUGUUUAAGUGUCUUACAUAAAUACUGUGAUUGGUAGAAAUGAAUAUUCUUUUAGACAAAUGGAUAAGCAUGAUAUGUUUAUGUUUUUGACUUCUACUAAUAAAACAAAUCAACUCCUGUUUAA